CUCUGUGCUGCAGCCUCCGUGUUGCUGCCAUUUCACCAUGGAUUAUGCCCGGUGUCACUUCAUUGCAAACUGAGCUGGCAAUCUGCGCGUAAGCUGUGCACUGCUCAGCGGUUGCCGCAGUUUCUAGCAGAUUCCAGGAUCCAAAGGGACUUGUCUUCCAGCAGUCCUGCGCUUCGGGGCUGGAGAAUGGCAGGGAUGAAGUCGAGCCGAAGAUGCAGUUGCUCUGUACUCGUACUCCUCCUGAUCCAUCUGGGUGCUGCGUUGGAAGUGCCCCUUGAUCCGAAAAUUCUGGAUGAACUGCCCCAGCCUCCAACCAUCACCAACCAGUCUCCCAAGGAUUACAUCAUCGACCCCAGGGAUAACAUCCUGAUCCAGUGUGAUGCCAAAGGGAACCCAGCUCCCAGAUUUUCAUGGACACGCAAUGGGACCCAUUUUAACAUUGACAAGGACCCUCGGGUGAUUAUGAAGCCCGACUCCGGUACUCUGCUGAUCGAUAUCGUCGGCGGGGGGAAGGCAGAGACCUACGAAGGAGAGUACCAGUGCACGGCACGAAAUGAUCGCGGAACAGCCGUCUCCAACCAGAUUGUCAUCCGCCAGUCCAGGUCUCCCAUGUGGGCCAAAGAGAAGAUCGAGCCUAAAAUGGUCCAAGAAGGAACUUCGUUGGUUCUCCACUGCGAUCCGCCGUCGGGCCUGCCCCCACCUAUUAUCUUCUGGAUGGAUAAUUCAAUGCAGAGGUUUACCCAGGACGCCCGGGUUUCACAGGGUCUCAAUGGAGACCUCUAUUUCUCCAACGUUCAACCAGAGGACACCCGGGCAGAUUAUAUCUGCUAUGCCAGGUUCAAUCACACUCAAACCAUACAACAGAAGCAGCCAAUCUCUGUCAAGGUCAUGACUCUGAAUGCGGUCAAUGAGACUUACGGAGUUUACUCCAAUGGCACUGAGCUGUUUGGUGACAGCCUUGUGGGUGAACGAAGGCCCAACAUCCUCACCCCCAAGGGUUCAAGCAGCAGGAAGACGGUGCUGAGAGGACAAAUCCUGUACUUGGAGUGCAUUGCUGAAGGCCUGCCAACUCCAGUGAUCUCUUGGACCAAAGAAGGGGGAGAGCUGCCUGCUCACAGAGUCUCUGAGAUCAAUUUUAAGAAGACCCUGAAAAUCAUUCGCGUAUCGGAGGCAGACGCAGGGAAAUACCGAUGCACUGCAAAGAAUUACUUGGGAACCAGUUCACAUGUCAUCACAGUACACGUCAAAGCCGCGCCAUACUGGAUCAAUGAGCCAAAGAACCUGGUCCUGUCUCCUGGGGAAGAUGGGAGUCUAAUCUGCAGAGCCCACGGCAACCCAAAGCCCACCAUCACUUGGAUGGUCAACAGUUUCCCCAUUGAUAAUGCCCCGAGUGAUAUCAGCAGGAAAAUAAUGGACGACACCAUCAGCUUCGCCAAGGUCCAGGUCUCAUCCAGUGCCGUCUACCAGUGCAACGCUUCGAAUGUGCACGGAUACUUGUUGGCAAAUGCGUUUGUUAAUGUCCUUGCUGAGACACCCAGAAUGCUUUCUGAACCUGACCAAGUUUAUCAGGUAAUUGCCAACAAGCCUGCAUUGCUGGACUGCGCAUUCUUUGGAUCACCAAUUCCUCAGAUUCAAUGGUUCAAGGAUAACCAAGGCAGCGUACUCCACGGUGAAUCUUAUAUGCUGCAUGAAAAUGGCACUCUUGAAAUCGCCUUUGCCCAGAAGAAUGAUAGCGGCAUUUACACCUGCGUAGCAACCAAUACUCAUGGAGUGGUCCAAAACCGCGCCGUUCUGCAGAUCAAAGAUCCGACGACCAUUAUUAAACAGCCAAGAUAUCAGUCUGUGCAGACAAUGGGCACGGCUACCUUUGAGUGCAAGGUGAAGCAUGAUUCAACGCUCUCCCCGACAAUUAUAUGGCUGAAAAAUAACGAGGAGCUGCCUGAUGACAGCAGGCACCGGCCGUCAGGAGAUGUCUUGACCAUUUUAGAUGUAUCUGAAGAAGACCAAGGUUCCUACACGUGCGUGGUGAACACCACACUUGACACCAACUCUGCUACAGCUGUCCUCACCGUCCUAGCACGCCCCUCAACUCCAGCUAGCACACACGAUCGUCCCGAUCCACCAGCAGACCUGGAAUUAACCAAUCCACGAGACAGGAGUGUUCAGUUGUCAUGGAUACCUGGAGAGGAACAUAACAGCCCCACUGGAAAGUUUGUCAUUGAAUACGAGGAGGAUCAGUUUGAACCCGGAGUGUGGCGCCAUCUGGCUGACGUUGAGGGGAUUGAGACCACGGCGGAGCUGCAACUCUCGCCCUUUGUCAACUACAUCUUCCGGGUUGUAGCCGUCAAUGAGAUCGGCCGAAGUGAGCCGAGCCUCCCGUCCGAGCACUAUUACACACAGCCAGCAGCUCCUGAUGAAAAUCCCUCAGGGGUUGAGGGGCUGGGAACUGACCCCAAUAAUCUUGUGAUAACAUGGGAGCCGUUGAAAGGUGUCCAGCACAAUGGGCCCGGCCUGACCUAUAAAGUCAGCUGGAGACAGAAGGUCGGUGACGACGAGUGGACCUCUGUGUUGGUCGCCAACGUUUCGAAAUACAUCGUCUCGGGCACACCGGAGUUUUCUCCCUAUGAGCUGAAAGUGCAGGCGUUCAACAGCUUCGGAGCUGCUCCCAAGCCGGAGGUUGUGACCGGAUACUCUGGGGAAGACCUGCCGAUGGUGGCUCCCAGCAAUGUGCGGGUCCAUGUGGUCAACAGUACACUGGCAAAGGUGCACUGGGAUCCAGUCCCACCAAAAACUGUCCGCGGAUUCCUCAAGGGAUAUAAAAUCUAUUACCGGAAGCAAGGGAGCCUCAUCAAAAGGAACAAACGACACACAGAGAUGAAGAUUCUGACCUUCAGCGGAGACAAGAGCCACGGCAUGUUGCCAGGGCUGGAACCAUUCAGUCUUUAUAAGCUUAAUGUCCGUGUCUUCAAUGGGAAAGGAGAAGGUCCCGCCAGUGCGGAUGUGACACUAAGGACCCCCGAGGGAGUGCCCAGUUCACCAGAAUACUUGAAGAUUACAAGCCCGAUGCUCGACUCUCUGACUCUCCAGUGGGCCCCACCGCUUCAUCCAAAUGGCAUUCUCAAAGGAUACACACUCAAGUACCAGCCUAUUAACAGCACGCACGAGCUGGGCCCUCUAGUGGAGAUCACCAUCCCUGCAGAAAAUGAAACCACCUGGACUCUGAGGAACCUCAACUACAGCACCCGCUACAAGUUCUAUCUCAACGCCUUUACCAGUGUGGGAGCUGGCAGCAAGCUCACCGAGGAGGCCAUUACAGUGAUGGACGAAGUGACUCACCAAAGCGCACCUGUGGAGGGCAAAGGAAUAUCUUCAACAUCUCCAUUACUGAAAACAGAUAUAUUAAUACCAGAUAAAAACAUGAAGGUCAUGAUCCUUCGCCCAGUAAUUACGAACAUUACAUCAUCUUCAAACCAUGCAAAUAUCAGUUGGGAGUUUGAUCGAACGGAUAUGCUCUUUUAUGUUGAAUAUACGAUAGCUGACAGUAACGGGCCUCUGGACAAACUGCAGAUGAAUGCCUCGCAGGCCUUCAUUGUACUGAGGGACUUGUUGCCGGAGACAGUUUACAAUGUGCGUAUUGUUGCCGAGAGCCAGGCUGGCCAGUUGCGGAGUAAGGACGAGCGGUUUGAGACCCGCCCACCAGCCAUGGCAAGCCGUCAGGUGGAUAUUGCCACCCAGGGUUGGUUCAUUGGCUUGAUGUGUGCCAUCGCCCUUCUGAUCCUCAUCCUCCUGAUUGUCUGCUUCAUCAAAAGGAACAAAGGAGGCAAAUACCCAGUGAAGGAGAAAGAGGAUGCUCACGCCGAUCCCGAGAUUCAGCCGAUGAAAGAGGAUGACGGUGCCUUUGGUGAAUACAGGUCUCUGGAAAGUGACACGGAGGACCACAAACCGCUCAAAGGAAGCCGGACACCUUCUGACGGGACGGUUAAGAAGGGCGUGAGCGAUGACAGCUUGGUUGACUACGGUGAAGGCGGGGAAGGGCAGUUCAAUGAAGAUGGCUCUUUUAUUGGACAGUACAGCGGAAAGAAGGAGAAGGAAACGGUGGAGGGAAACGAGAGCUCCGAAGCCCCGUCCCCAGUCAAUGCCAUGAACUCCUUUGUCUAACACACGGGGGAGGCCGUGGAAUCAUCCAACAUCCAUGCACCAAUAAAUCGUAGAGUUUAUCCAUUUUACACUUACCUCCUGAGUUGUCAUUACAUGCACGUUCAGAAAUAAACGAAUGAUGGGAAGUUGGUGCCUAAAAUGUUCAGAGUGUACAGAUGAACAAACAAAAAAGGAGGGAAAGCCCAACAUGGGUUUUCAGGAACGAAGCUGAAGAGAGAAAGGAUUGGAAAUUAUUGAAAACACUAAUCUGGACCAGAAGUUCAUCUACUGUGUGUAUUAGCAUUUCGACUUGGCGCAUCAUUUGUUGGAUUCCACUUCUUUGUGUCCUCUUGGUUUGCGCUAACAUAGUGCAUGAGAACAAGGUGUAUCUCACUGCCGUCUAAGAUAGAUGAGUGUAUGCUGUGAUGACAAUGGUCUGUACAAUAUUUGUUUAUAAAGUGCACAGUGCAGUGACUGAAAAUGAACCUCGUUAUGUCGUCAGUGUUCGAUUGGUGAGACAAUGUUGUGAAGGUGGUAAUGACUUUUCUUUGAAUGUAUAACAACUGUUUGUAUCUUUUUUGCAAGGCACCGAAAAAAAUGGGAAGGGGGGGGGGGUGGUGGGUUGAUGGUAUUUGGAUCCCAGUUGAUGAUUUAAAAUGGAAUGUUUUGGAAUGGUAACCAGGCCUCUUGUCUGUAUCAUAAUGUUGUAGUUCCUGUUCUCUCAAGGGAGAAAACAAGAGGGAAUACUUUAUCCAAUGAUGAGAGCAUUCUUAUGACACCACACUGAUGGGCACAAUUCACACACUAUUGAUAUGAGCACAUUAAACCUCUCAAAGCCUUACACGCCUUUCUUUGUAAAUUAAACUUGGCCACUUGUUACACAAAUAGUUCAAUGUUUGGGUGCCAGACACCACAAUUCAAUAUGGCGUUUGCCUGCCAUUUCUACUUGUUAUUAUUGUUAGUUAUACUGCCUUCUUAGAUCCAAAUUGAAAUAA